AUGAAAACCUUGUAUUCCCUGAGGAGGUACUUCCACGUGGAAACGCUCUUUAAUUCAACACUUGUAGUUGGUGGCCGCGACCAAGAAUCUACUGGAUUCGCUUGGUGGUCUGGUAACGCUCGUCUUAUUAACCUUUCUGGUAAGCUCCUUGGUGCACACGUAGCACAUGCUGGACUUAUCGUAUUCUGGGCUGGUGCAAUGAACCUUUUUGAGGUAGCACACUUCGUACCAGAAAAACCAAUGUAUGAGCAAGGACUCAUCCUUCUCCCUCACCUUGCAACACUUGGAUUUGGUGUUGGUCCUGGAGGAGAAGUACUUGAUACUUUCCCAUAUUUCGUAUCUGGUGUUCUUCACCUUAUUUCAUCAGCUGUAUUAGGUUUUGGUGGUGUAUACCACUCAAUUAUUGGACCUGAGACUCUUGAGGAAUCUUUCCCAUUCUUCGGAUACCUUUGGAAAGAUAAGAACAAGAUGACAACAAUUCUUGGAAUUCACCUUGUACUUCUUGGAUGUGGUGCAUUCCUUCUUGUAUGGAAGGCUAUGUACUUUGGUGGAGUAUAUGAUACAUGGGCACCAGGUGGUGGAGAUGUACGUAUUAUUAACUACCCAACAUAUGAUCCAUCAGUAAUCUUUGGAUACCUUCUUAAGUCACCUUUCGGUGGAGACGGUUGGAUUAUUAGUGUAGACAACAUGGAAGAUGUAAUCGGUGGACACAUUUGGAUCGGAACAAUCUGUAUCCUUGGUGGAUUCUGGCACAUUUUCACUAAGCCAUUUGCAUGGGCACGUCGUGCUCUUGUAUGGUCUGGAGAGGCAUACCUUUCAUACAGUCUUGCUUCUGUGUCAUUAAUGGCAUGGGUUGCAGCAGUAAUGGUAUGGUUUAACAACACUGUAUACCCUUCGGAGUUCUUUGGACCAACUGGACCAGAAGCUUCACAAGCUCAAGCAUUUACAUUCCUUGUACGUGACCAGCGUUUAGGAGCAAACAUUGCUUCUGCACAAGGUCCAACUGGAUUAGGUAAGUACCUUAUGCGUUCACCAACAGGAGAAAUUAUCUUCGGUGGAGAAACUAUGCGUUUCUGGGAUAUGCGUGCUCCAUGGACUGAGCCACUUCGUGGACCAAACGGACUUGACCUUACUAAGCUUAAGAAUGACAUUCAGCCUUGGCAAGAGCGUCGUUCAGCUGAGUACAUGACUCACGCUCCAUUAGGAUCACUUAACUCAGUAGGUGGUGUAGCAACUGAGAUUAACUCAACUAACUUCGUAAACCCACGUAGUUGGCUUGCAACAUCACACUGGACUUUAGCGUUCUUCUUCUUUGUAGGACACCUUUGGCACGCAGGUCGUGCACGUGCUGCUGCUGCAGGAUUCGAAAAAGGAAUUGAUCGUGAUACUGAGCCAGUACUUUCAAUGCGUCCACUUGACUAA